AUGGAGGCGUCGUCGGCGUGGGCGUCGGGGGUCAACGGCAGCGGCGGGGCGGGCGCGGGGUGGGGCUGGUGGCCCUACUCGUGGGGGGCGGCGGCGGCGCUGUGGGGGGCGGGGGGGCUGCUGAUCGCGCUGACGGUGGCGGGCAACGCGCUGGUGGCGCUGGCCGUGCUGCGCAGCCGGGCGCUGCGGGCGCCGCAGCACCUGUUCGUGGCGUCGCUGGCGGGCGCCGACGUGCUGGUGGGGGCGCUGGUGAUGCCCUUCUCGCUGGCCCACGAGCUGAUGGGCGGCUGGGCCUUCGGGGCGGGCUGGUGCCGCGCCUACCUGGCGCUCGACGUGCUGCUGUGCACCGCCUCCAUCGCGCACCUGUGCGCCAUCAGCCUCGACCGCUACUGGGCCGUGACGCGCGCCCUGCAGUACGGACGCCGCCGCACGGCCCGCCGCGUGCGCGCCGCCCUCGCCGCCGCCUGGCUGCUCGCCGCCGCCGUCUCGUGCCCGCCGCUGCUGGCCGCCCCCCCGACGACGCCCCCCGACGACGACGCCGCCCCGCCGCUCUGCCGCCUCAACGACCAGACGUGGUACAUCCUGGCCUCGUGCGCCGCCUCCUUCUUCGCGCCCUGCCUCGUCAUGCUGCUCGUCUACGGCCGCCUCUACCGCGUGGCCCGACGCCGCGCCCGCGCCCGCCAGCGGCCGACCCCCGACGGCGCCGCGCCCGCCCAGCCGCCCCAGGCCGCCGAGCGCGAGGAGAGCAGCGCCUCGGAGGGCCGCCGCCGCCGCCGCCGCCGCCCCCACGCCGCCGCCGCCUCCCUCUCGCUGUCCUCCAGGCGCGCCAGCGGCCGCUCCGUCGGGCGGGGGUCGGGGCGGGAGCAGCGGCUGACGUUCGUGCUGGGCGUGGUGCUGGGCGCCUUCGUGGUGUGCUGGGCGCCCUUCUUCUUCAGCUACAGCCUGUACGGCAUCUGCCGGGAGGCGUGCCGCGUCCCCGAGCCCCUCUUCAAGUGCUUCUUCUGGAUGGGCUACUGCAACAGCUCCCUCAACCCCGUCAUCUACACCGUCUUCAACCGCGACUUCCGACGCUCCUUCAAACACAUCCUCUUCGGGGGGAGGAGGAGGAGGAGGAGGAAGAAGACGCUCUCCUUGCAUUGA